AUCUUUCGUUCCUCUAGCUUCCGCCUUGCACGUGUGUUUACCAAAAAUGUGGAUGUCCUAGCUCAAACAAGAAACCCUAAUAAUAACAGUAUUUACGCACUGCCUGUCUGUAUAUCGGUUGUAAUAUGGGGAAGCUGAAUGUUGUGGUAUUGAGAUACUUAUCUCGAGAUGACUUCCGAGUCCUCACAGCGGUUGAGAUGGGGAUGAAGAACCAUGAGAUUGUUCCAGUAAGCCUCCUGUCCUCCAUUGCAAGCCUCAAACAUGGCGGCUGCAACAAGGUCCUCAGAGAGCUUGUGAAACACAAACUUGUUGCCUAUGAACGCUCUAAGACUGUGCAGGGCUACAGGUUGAAUAAUGGAGGAUAUGACUACUUGGCUCUUAAGACCUUGUGCUCCAGAGACGUGAUACUGUCUGUUGGCAACCAGAUGGGUGUAGGCAAAGAGUCAGAUAUCUAUAUUGUGGCCAGUCCAGAAGGACAGCAGUACGCUUUGAAGCUGCACAGGUUGGGCCGUACCUCCUUCAGGAACUUGAAGAACAAGAGAGAUUACCACAAGCAUAGGAAGAACAUGUCCUGGCUCUACCUUUCCCGCCUCUCGGCAAUGAAAGAGUUUGCCUACAUGAAGGCGUUGUAUGAACGAGGCUUUCCUGUCCCCAAACCUGUGGAUUACAACAGACAUGCUGUAGUGAUGGAGCUCAUCAAUGGAUACCCACUGUGUCAGGUGCAUGAGUUGCAGGAUCCAUCAGCCCUGUACAGUGAGUUCAUGGAGCUCAUAGUCAAACUGGCCAACAACGGCUUGAUUCACGGAGACUUUAACGAGUUCAACCUUAUGCUGGAUGACCAGGACCAUAUAACCAUGAUCGACUUCCCUCAGAUGGUGUCUACGUCACACCCCAAUGCUGAAUGGUACUUCGACCGAGACGUCAAAUGCAUCAGAGAUUUCUUUGCAAAGCGAUUUAAUUACGAGAGUGAGCUCUAUCCAACCUUCAAAGACGUCAGGCGGACGUUUUCUCUUGAUGUUGAAGUCUCAGCCAGCGGCUUCACCAAAGAUCUGGAGAGAGAUGCUGCAUUGCUGCACCCAGCUGGACCAGAGGAAGAGGAAGAGGACGACGAGGAGGAGAGCGAGGAAGAGGCAACAGAUGAGGACAUAGAAAGAGAAGAGGAGAGUGUGGACUUGGAGGAAUAUAAACAUGCUAUCCUGGAACUGGAGGGAUUGAAAGUGAGUGAAACACAUGCAGACACACAAGAUCAGGAGGAGGAAAAGAAUGACGGACAGAAAGAAGCAGAAGAAGAAGAAGAGGCUGAGACGGCCCCAUCAGCCAGAAGUGAUGAGGAAACAGUAAAGGAGACAGAGGAAGAGUUGAAGGAAGCAGAGGAUGAGUGUCCAGAGCUGACAGACAUCGCUGCCUCCAACAAAGAGUUCAAACCUUUCAGAGACUCUGACAGCCUACUACAAAUUGCAGAACACAUGAGGAGAAGGACUGACAGCGAGGCCACAAUGGGCAGCACAGGUAGCUGCUCUACCAUACCACCUGAGGUAGUCCGUCAGAAGGUGCGGAGGCAGCUCACCAAACAGCAGAAGGCAGCACAGAGGAGACGUCUGCAGAAGGGAGAGGCCAACUUGGUGACCAAAUCCAGGAGGGAGAACCAAAACAAUAUCAAGUCCAGCAUGGAGAGCGCCUCCUUCUGGGGGUAAACAGGACUGCACGGUGGACAGAUGGACUUCAUGGCAACAUGCUUUUUGUUAAGUUCACGUGCGUCUUGCACAAUUCCUUAUCUCCAUGUUCUGAAGAGUUGUAUAACGUGGUACCUGAUGGAGAUGUUUUGUACCACCGUGGAGAAAUCAAAAACGGAUCAAAACAAACUCCUUUCUCCCACUUAUCUAAGAAUCUCUUCUUAGGCAAUCAAGAGGGUGGGCCUUCUUUUGUAUUUGAAAUGCAGUGUUGCUUUACUCCAACUAGAAUGUAAAUAAGGACUUAUUAUUAUAAUGAAGUGGUAUGAUUAAACAAUUAAACCCAAUUAAACCACA